AUGUUGUUGUCUCUCGGGGUGAUUGUAUGGUGCUGGGGAUCUGUAGGCCACACACCGAUGCAGCUCCGCCGCCAGGGCAAGCCCAAAGACCGCUGUUGCGUUUUGUUCAGUGACCUGAAGGUUUUCUUAUUCAGGCCGCCGGCCCCGCCACCGGCAUCAAGCCCCAUGAACGGGCAAAACAACGACAGCAAUGCGACCGGCAAUGCUGCCAACACGAACGACUCAACAGCCCAGCAUGCACCUGCGCCACCGGCAGCGGGGUCAGCCGGGACGGAUCAGCCUAAAGUGGUUAAGGACUGGCCGGCCACGGGGCAGGCAGGACCUCUGGACUAUGGCAGUUCAUCGGAGGACUGUUCCAAGGAGAAGUUUGACGAGGGGAUGUCGGUAAACAGCUGUACGGACAGCGGCUCAAGGACUCCCCUGUGCCGGAUCUGCUUCCAAGGGCCUGAGCAGGGGGAGCUACUGAGCCCGUGCCGCUGUAGCGGAUCAGUGCGCUGUACCCACGAGCUGUGCCUCAUCAAGUGGAUCAGCGAGAGAGGGUCGUGGAGCUGUGAGCUGUGCUACUACAAGUACCACGUCAUCGCCAUCAGCGCCAAGAACCCCCUUCAGUGGCAGGCCAUCUCCCUGACGGUGAUCGAGAGGGUCCAGAUCGCGGCGGCGGUGCUGGGGACCCUGUUCCUGGUGGCCAGCAUCUCCUGGCUGGUGUGGUCCUCCAUCAGCCCCUCGGCCCGCUGGCAGCGCCAGGACCUGCUGUUCCAGAUCUGCUACGCCAUGUACGGAUUCAUGGACCUGGUCUGCAUCGCUCUGAUCAUCCACGAGGGGCCUUCUGUAUUCCGCAUCUUCAACCGCUGGCAGGCUGUUAACCAGCAGUGGAAGGUCCUCAACUACGAUAAGACCAAAGACACGGAGGACCAUCAGAAAUACGGCCCCACACCCAGGCCGCCGGCCCUGCCCAAUCCCAGGAACGCCGCCUCGUCUGGGGCCGGCCUCGGGGACGACCCGGCCUCCCCCUCCACCCCCUCCCUCAUGGCCGCCGUCGCCGCCCAUGCCCUGGGCGCCGCAGCGACCGCCUCCACGGCAACCACGCGGGACUCUUUGUCGGAGCGGAGCAACGGACAGGCGUCGUCGUUUACGGACCGGCGUCAUCAUCAUCCUUAUCAUCACCACUGCCCCUACAACCUCCUCCAUCUGCUCAGCCACUUCAGGCAGCAGGCCCCCCGGGUGACACAGAUCCAGCCACAGGUCCUCGCCCAGGCCCCGGUCCCGGCUGAGCCCAGCGAAGGCAGCCGAGAGCUGGUCAUGAGAGUUACUACGGUCUGA